ACAUCGAUCAGCUGCCUCCUGCGCGUCCCCUACUGGGGAUCAAGCCCUCGACCCAGGCAUGUGCCCUGGCUGGGAGUCAAAACGGUGACCGUUUGGAAAAUGGGACGACAACCAACUGAGCAACACCAGCCAGGGCGGCUCCUAAUUCUCGAUGUAUUCAAUUCUGCGCAUUGAGGACGCAACUGGUGCUAAGUUGUAUGCGCUUUGGGGCAUUAAGAGAAGACAAUCAGAAUUUGCUGUAAGGAGCUUAUCCACCAGUGGGAGAAAGUGAUGGAUGUUCCUUCUUCGUUAAUGAGAUCCGCUGAGUGGCCAUGUGAGGAGGGCAAGGACUCUGGAGUCACACUUGUGUUCACAUCUGCUUCUAGUCGAAGAAAUGCAUGUGUUAAUCUGAGGCUCUCCUUCACUUAAGAGAGGAUUUCACCCAGAGACUGAUUUCCCUAUAGAACCACCUGCAGCUGUAUCCAUGGUCGGGGAGAGAUAGUGGAGCAGGCACAUGAAAAGCAGCUCUGCCAUACCGAGGACAAUGAAUAUGCUGAAGCCAAGUGGGCUGAAGGUCCCUACCAAGAUCCUGAAGCCCGGCAGCACAGCCCUGAAGACGCCCGCUGCUGUUGCAGCUCCAGUAGAAAAAGCAAUCUCCAGUGAAAAGGCAUCCAGCGCUCCUUCCUCGGAGACGCAGGAGGAAUUUGUGGAUGACUUUCGAGUCGGGGAGCGAGUUUGGGUGAACGGAAACAAGCCCGGAUUUAUCCAGUUCCUGGGAGAAACCCAGUUUGCACCGGGCCAGUGGGCCGGGAUCGUUUUAGAUGAGCCCAUCGGCAAGAACGAUGGCUCGGUGGCAGGAGUUCGGUAUUUCCAGUGUGAACCUCUGAAGGGCAUAUUCACCCGGCCGUCCAAGCUGGCGAGGAAGGCGCAGGCAGAAGAAGAAGCUAACGGCCUGCAAACGACUCACGCUUCCAGAGUGAGUUCGCCUCUGUCCACUCCUGCAGCCAGCAUGACGGGCUCCUCCCCAGCCACCCCCUCAGGUAUUCCUCAGAAGUCGUCCCAGCCAACAGCAAAGGACCCUCCAGCUACACCGCCGGCCACCAACCUUACAAAAACGGCCAGUGAAUCUAUUUCCAACCUUUCAGAGGCUGGCUCCAUCAAGAAAGGGGAGAGAGAGCUCAAAAUCGGAGACCGAGUACUGGUUGGUGGCACUAAGGCUGGUGUGGUCCGGUUCCUCGGGGAGACAGACUUUGCCAAGGGGGAAUGGUGUGGCGUGGAGUUAGAUGAGCCUCUGGGGAAGAACGACGGUGCCGUCGCUGGAACCAGGUAUUUUCAGUGCCAACCCAAAUAUGGCCUGUUUGCUCCCGUCCACAAAGUGACCAAGAUUGGCUUCCCUUCCACAACACCGGCCAAGGCCAAGGCCGCUGCUGUGAGGCGAGUGAUGGCCACCACCCCUGCCAGCCUGAAGCGCAGCCCGUCGGCGUCCUCUCUCAGCUCCCUGAGCUCGGUGGCCUCCUCCGUGAGCAGCAAGCCCAGCCGCACCGGAUUAUUGACUGAAACCUCCUCCCGUUACGCCAGGAAGAUCUCCGGCACCACUGCCCUCCAGGAGGCCCUGAAGGAGAAGCAGCAGCACAUUGAGCAGCUGCUGGCCGAACGGGAUCUAGAGAGGGCGGAGGUGGCCAAGGCCACGAGCCACGUGGGGGAGAUAGAGCAGGAGCUAGCCCUGGCCCGGGACGGACACGACCAGCAUGUCCUGGAGCUGGAGGCCAAGAUGGACCAGCUGCGAGCCAUGGUGGAAGCCGCUGACAGGGAGAAGGUGGAGCUUCUCAACCAACUCGAGGAGGAGAAAAGGAAGGUUGAGGACCUCCAGUUCCGGGUGGAGGAAGAAUCAAUUACUAAAGGCGACCUUGAGCAAAAGAGCCAGAUAUCUGAAGAUCCUGAGAAUACGCAGACCAAACUGGAGCAUGCCCGCAUUAAGGAGCUUGAACAGAGCCUGCUCUUUGAAAAGACCAAAGCUGACAAACUGCAGAGGGAGUUAGAAGACACUAGGGUGGCUACAGUGUCAGAAAAGUCUCGUAUAAUGGAGCUAGAGAAAGACCUAGCGUUGAGGGCACAGGAGGUAACCGAGCUGCGAAGAAGGCUCGAGUCCAGUAAACCUGCCGGGGAUGUCGAUGUGUCGCUCUCCCUUUUGCAAGAGAUAAGCUCUUUGCAAGAGAAGUUAGAAGCCACCCGUACUGACCACCAGAGAGAGAUCAGCUCUCUGAAGGAGCGUUUUGGAGCCCAGGAGGAAACUCAUCAGAAGGAGGUGAAGGCCCUUCAGGCUGCCACGGGGAAGCUUUCCAAGGAGAACGAGUCCCUGCGGAACCAGCUUGGCCACGCCAACAAGGAGAACUCAGACAUGACAGCGCUGUGGAGGUCCAAGCUGGAGGCGGCCAUCGCGUCCCACCAGCAGGCCAUGGAGGGGCUGAAGGCCUCCUUUAGCAAGGGGGUCGGGGCAGAGGUGGCAGAGUUUGCCGAGCUAAAGACACAAAUAGAGAAACUGAGACUGGAUCACCAGCACGAAAUAGAAAACCUGCAGAAUCAACAAGACUCCGAACGGUCCGCUCAUGCUCAAGAGGUAGAAGCUGUCAGGGCUAAGCUGAUGGAGGUCAUUAAAGAGAAAGAGAACAGUCUGGAGGCCCUCAAGUCAAAACUGGACAAGGCAGAAGACCAGCACCUCGUGGAGAUGGAAGACACCUUAAGCAAACUGCAGGAAGCUGAGAUAAAGGUAAAGGAGCUGGAGGCACUGCAAGCCAAAUGCAGUGAACAAACCAAAGUUAUUGAUAAUUUUACAGCACAACUCAAGGCAGCUGAGGAAAAGCUCUUGGAUCUGGAUGCCCUUCAGAAAACCAGUUCCGAAGGUAAAUUGGAACUCGAGAAACUUAGACAGCAGCUUGAGGCAGCUGAGAAACAGAUUGAAAGCUUGGAGGUGGAAAGGAAUGCUGAAAGUGACAAGGCCAGUAGCAUUACCAAAGAGCUGCAGGGGAAAGAGCUGUCGCUCAGUAAGCUUCAGCAGCACUUGGGUGAAGUCAGUCACGUGAAGGAGGCUUUGGAGAAAGAACUUGAGGUGUUGAAAGAAAAGUUUGCUGGUGCGUCAGAGGAGGCGGUCUCUGUCCAGAAAAGCAUGCAAGAAACUGUAAAUAAAUUACACCAAAAAGAGGAGCAGUUUAAUGAGCUGUCUUCUGAAUUGGAGAAGUUGAGAGGAAAUUUAACAGACAUGGAGUCAAAAUUUAGAGAGAGAGAUGAAAAAGAAGAGCAGUUGAUAAAGGCGAAAGAAAAACUGGAAAAUGACAUUGCAGAAAUAAUGAAAAUGUCGGGAGAUAAUUCUUCCCAGUUGACAAAGAUGAAUGACGAGUUGCGUCUGAAAGAAAGAAACGUAGAAGAAUUGCAGCUAAAACUUACCAAGGCCAGUGAAAAAGUGAGCUCUCUGCAGAAAACUAUUGGGGAAGUAACACUGAAGGCCGAGCAGAGCCAGCAAGAAGCAGCUGCAAAGCACGAAGAAGAGAAGAAAGACUUGCUGGAGAAACUGCAGGGCCUGGAGAAGAAGGUGGAGCUGAGCCACAACCAGUGUCAGGAUCUGAAAGCCAGGUAUGAGGAAGCCAGCUCUAAGACCAAGGCUAAGCAUGAGGAGGCCCUGCAGAAACUGCAGAAGCAGCUGCUGGAUGCGGAGGAGAGGCUGACGGCUGCCCAGCAUCAGAACAGGGACUUGUUGCAGGAGAUGGUGGAGCUGAGAAAACAAGCCGACAAGGCCAGAUCGCUAACUUAUUUGUUAACAUCAGCCAAAAAAGAACUUGAACUAAUGUCAGAAGAGCUGAGGGGUCUGAAAUCUGAGAAGCAGCUUCUCGCACAGGAGGGCAAUGCUCUAAAGUUAGAGAAAGGCUCGCUCUUGUCCAAGCUCGUAGAGGUGGAGGCCAGAAUAACAUUGCUGCAAGAAGACCAGCAGAAGCUGUGGUCAAUAAACGAGGCUCUUAAUUUAGAAAAGGAGAGAGUCUUCGCCGAAAAGCAAGGUGCUGAAAAACUGUGUCAACAGGAACAGCUCCAUAGCGAAGCGUUGGCUGUCGAGAGAGAGAAGUUGCUUAAAGAAAUCAAUAAUGCACAGGAAGAACUCUUGAAGAUAAACAUAGACAAUGAUUCUCUGCAAGCAUCCAAAGCAGCCUUGCAGGCUCUCGUGGAAGAACUCCAGCUCAACAGAGACACUCUGCUUGCCGAGUGCGAGAAGAGUCGAGACGAAAAGGAGCGCCUGGAGAACCACAUCAAGAAGCUUAUCACAGAGAACCUUGCCUUGGCUAAAGAUAAAGACGAGAUUAUUCAGAGGCUUCAGAGCUCUUAUGAGGAGCUCGCCAAAGAUCAGAAAACCUUGGUGCAGGAGAUCAAAGAUCUCACAACAGAGAAAAAGUUAGCGUCAGAGAAACAGUCAGGCCUUGAAAACACGUGCGUAGCCCUGAAGGCAGAAAGGGACGCACUCCUGCAGAACAGCAGGGACCUGCAGGUGGAGAAGAGCACUCUGCUCCAAGACCAGGACAAGCUGAACAUCAGCCUGGCAGCCGCGCUCCAGGUCAAAAAGCUGCUCAGCGCUGAAGCCAGUGGGCUCCGCACGCAGCUGGACGACACCAGCAAAGCUCUGAGACAGGCUGAGCUGGAGGCGGUGCAGCUCCAGGCCACCAACACCAGCCUCACAAAGCUCCUAGAGGAAAUUAAGACCAGCCGGGAGAUCACGGACUCCGAGUGCAUCCAGCUUCUGCAUGAGAAGGAAAUCGUGGCCUCGUCCGAGAGGAGGCUCCUGGCCGAAAAGGAAGAGCUUCUGCGUGAAAAUAGGCUCGUCACCGAGAAGCUCAACAAACGCUCGGAGGAGGCUGCCCACGUUGAGGUGAGCCUAAACGAGAGGAUCGCUUACCUGGCUUCCGAGAAGGAGGUGGUUUGUCAGAAAAUGUCCAAGAUCAAAAAGCAGCUUGACAGUCUCCUGCGAGAAAAGUCAGUGCUGGAAAUGCAGAACGGAGAUUUGCUUGCAGAAAGAGAAAACUCCAUCAACACCAUCGGAGAGCUUAAGAGGAAGUACGACCAGGAGUCCGCAAACAGAAGGGUCGUCGUGCAGGAGAAGAUGAAACUCCUCGGGAAUCUCGAUGCUCUGAAGAGAGAGCUUCAAGAGAGGAAAAAGGAGAACCAAGAACUGGCAGCCACCAAGUGUGAGCUCUCGCUGAUGCUCAAAGAGGCUCAGAAUGCCAAAAAGCAUCUAGAAAAAGAGCAUACCAGUGUACGGCAAGCCAAGGAGAGCUUGAAUGCAGAACUGGAGACGUGCUGCUCUGAGAAGGACAUGUUGCUGAGGGACGGGCUGAACCUGCAGGAGGAGUGUCAGAAGCUCAACGAGGAGGUGCAGGCAGCGCAGCGGUCCCUCACGCUGGAGAAGGAAGCCAGGGCCAAGGAGGCCGAGUCCUCCUCGUAUGAGAGCAGCAAGCUCUACGGGAGGGUGGCGCUCCUGGAGCAGGAGCUGGGAGAGCUCAGGGCACAUACUGAGGAGCUCCAGGCUGAAAAUUUCAUGCUAAUCCAAGAGAAGAGCAAAUCAGAGCAAAAAGUGGCGGAGAUACUUAAGGAAAAGGAGCUCCUGGCUGCAGAAACGGCGCAGCUCGCCGCCAACAUAGAGGCGCUGAAGAGCGACUUCGCUUCCUUGUCCAAGUCCAAGUUAGAGCUGCAGGAGCUGCACAGCUGCCUCAGCAAGAUCCUGGACGACCUCCGGCUGAAGCACGAGGUGACCCUGGCCGAUCGGGCCAAGGCGCUGCAGGACAAUGAGAGCCUGCUGGCGGAGAAGAGGGAGGCAGUGCAGGAGAGGGAUGAGCUCCUGGAGGAGAAGGGGAAGCUGGCCGAGAGCCACUUCAUCCUGCAGAAGGAGGUCAGCCAGUUGGCCAAGACCAACAGCCACCUUUCCGCCAAUCUCCUGGAGUCUCAGAACGAAAACCGUAUUUUGAGGAAAGACAAGAGCAAGCUCACUCUUAAAAUUAGGGAGCUCGAGACUCUUCACUCAUUCACGGCUGCUCAGACAGCAGAAGAUGCUGUGCAGAUCAUGGAGCAGAUGACCAAAGAGAAGACCGAAACCCUGGCCUCCUUGGAGAACACCAAGCAAACCAAUGAAAAGCUGCAGACCGAAUUGGACACACUUAAAGAAAACAACUUGAAAAACGUGGAGGAGCUAAACAAGUCCAAGGAACGCCUGACCGUCGAGAACCAGAAAAUGGAAGAAUUCAGAAGAGAAAUAGAAGCCCUGAAGCAGGCAGCCGCUCAGAAGUCCCAGCAGCUUUCGGCGCUGAAGGAGGAGAACGUGAAACUUGCCGAGGAGCUGGGGAGGAGCAGGGACAAAGUCACGAGCCACCAGAAGGUGGAAGAAGAGAGAUCUGCGCUCAAUAAUCAGCUGUUAGAAAUGAAAAAGAGAGAAUCCAAGUUAAUAAAAGACACCGAUGAGGAAAAAGCUUCCCUGCAGAAGUCCAUCAGCAUUACGAGUGCCCUACUCACGGGCAAGGAUGCAGAGCUGGAGAAGCUGAGGGGCGAGGUCGCCGUGCUGCGGGGAGAGAACGCUUCUGCCAAGUCCUUGCAUUCGGUUGUUCAGUCUCUCGAGUCUGAUAAGGUGAAGCUCGAGCUCAAGGUAAAGAACUUGGAGCUUCAGCUCAAAGAAAACAGGAGGCAGCUCAGCAACUCCUCAGGCAAUACUGACGCUCGGGCAGAAGAUGACGAGAGAGUCCAGGAGAGUCAGAUUGAUUUCCUAAAUUCAGUGAUUGUGGACCUUCAAAGGAAGAACCAAGACCUCAAGAUGAAGGUAGAGAUGAUGUCAGAAGCAGCCCUUAAUGGGAAUGGUGACGACCUGAAUAACUAUGACAGUGAUGACCAGGAGAAACAGUCCAAGAAGAAGCCUCGCCUCUUCUGUGACAUAUGCGACUGCUUUGAUCUCCAUGACACAGAGGACUGUCCUACCCAGGCACAGAUGUCCGAGGACCCGCCCCACUCCACGCACCACGGCAGCCGGAGCGAGGAGCGCCCCUACUGUGAAAUCUGCGAGAUGUUUGGGCACUGGGCAACCAACUGCAAUGAUGACGAGACCUUCUGAUGAAGCCUUGCGUGCGAACUGGGCUUUCUCAGACGCACUAGCAUCUGGGCAACUGAACACCAGCAUUAUGUGUGCAGACUUCAGGAGAACUCAUGUUAUUUUUGACCCCGUCAACAAAUCUAAGAAAAUAUUUUGAUCUUCAACAAAUCACCCUUUUAGUUUCCCCAUAUAAGUUAGACUAAUAAAUACUCAGGAGGUGAGUUUUCACCUCUGAUUUUUGUCUUCUUGAUUUUCAAGUUUCAACAAGACAUUGCAUCAGAGGCUGUUACGUUUAUUGCCUCGAGGGAAACCUCUGAGAACAAUCCCUACCCUUCCAAUACCUUAUUUAAGUAACUUUAAAUUAUGCCGUUACUUCUCAUAUUUGCACUAAAAUCUUCCCAGGCUGCGUUUGUAUAGUUAGAUAUUUUGGUUAAGCUUUGACACUGGAAUGAGUUGAAAAAAAUGUGCCAUUUUGCAUUUUCAUCUGUUCAUUUAAAGUAUUUUAUUUUUAGUCAAAGAAAUACCUGAGCUCUUCGCGCACUACCUGCUGUCAGUAGUGCCUUCACUUCAGGCUUAGUAACACUUAGGUGUGAUUAUAAAAUCAUGAAACAGAUAAAGGGAGGGGCACACCCCCAGACUGUUGCGGGACAUUUUAUAAUCGAUAUGCUGCACCCAUUUACUCUACUGUGGGGUUUUGUUUGUUGGUUUUGCAUAAUUUCAGCUUCUAUAUAUUAUAUGUAUAUAUUUUUUAAAAAAUCUCUAUUUUGGGAAAAAAACAUACACAUUGUGUCUUUCUUUUCAGAUUUUCACCUUUAUGAAACAGAAAACACUUAGAAUGUUCAUCAGGACAUAAUGGGCUAGGCCAGAAAUAGCAGUACACAGCUUUGGGACUGACUUAUUUUUUCUCUUUUGUUUUCAUUUUGUUCCUUUAUCAGAUAUAAAUAUAAUUUUCUCCCCUUCUCCAGCAGAUACCCCAGCAGUCAAUUAACUAGAUAAAUAAGCCACUAUACAACACCUACAUUAACCCAUCUAUGGUCUUUACAGGUUGUUUAUUCUCUGUUUUUAGAUGAAUGUAUGAUGAGAAAUUCAACAUUAAUAAUUUUGGAUUUUCUUAUCACAAAAAAUUAAAUGAAGGACCUCAGCCACCAGAAGUUUAUCAACCAGUUUUAAUCUAUUUAUCUUGAUUUGAAUGUCUUCUCGAAGAUGUAAAAAGUAAUAAAUAAAUGUCUCUUCCAUGCUAUGUGUAUAGUAAGAACUUCUAUAAUUGUACAUAUGCCUUUGAUGUAUUUCCCCCUCAAGAUUAUUAACUGUGUUUGGCAAGUGAAAAGUCUGUAAUCAGUUGAAAUUUCUGGUUAUAAACAUAAUAGGAAGUGUUUCACAAACAGUAUGUAAAGCAGUAUUAAAAUUUGAGCAAACAGAUGUUCUAUACCUACUUUAAUAAAUGGUUAUUCUUUUUGUCCA